UCUCCGAUUAAAACAUAUUUUCAGACAUUCUCACACAACCCCACAUGCAACACAACAUAAUAAAUCCAAUUUAUAUCACCAACUACAUAAAACACCCCUGUCGCCGAUGAAUUUUAACGGCCGCCGGAAAAGUUAAAUGACGAUGAGAUAUGAGGAAAAAGAAAACCCACAACGGUGAUCUCAUAUACAUCAAGUCUGGAAAAAGGGGCCCACAAAAAGACAUUGAGAAGAAGAGCUUGUUUGAGCUUUCUUUGCCUUUAAUGAUCUCCUUUUGGUUUCUUGUUUUCUUGUUUUAUUCUAAGCUUGGCCUUACAUACGGUAAUGGAGGGAAUGUACAGUCCAGUAAUCGGAGCAUGACUAACUCAAGUAUAUCUUAUGACAAGCAUUCUGACAUCGCAUAUGAUUUUGUAGAAAAUAGGGAUGAUGAUUAUAAGCAAGAAUUAGUUUUCGAAGUUAAAGUGCCUCUGAAUAUUAGUAAACCUAGUGGUCAGGAUCAUAACAAUACAAAUUCGAGGAAAUCACCUCAGGGAACAUGUCGUCGGAAAGAUUUAGUCCAGAGUAUAUUAGGGUAUAGGGAGUUGAUGUGUGAGCUUAACCUGCAAGAUGAAGAUAGAUAUACAAAAACGGGAAAAUUUGAUACUGCUAGAACAUAUGAAGCAUCUUUUGAUGCAUCACUAAACAUGACAAUGAAAGAAAAAGGCUCUACACCAAAUGCACGCGUUAAUAUUACCCAUAGACUUGAACCUGAUGGGACGGAAUACAACUACGCCUCUGAUUCAAAGGGUGCAAAGGUGGUUGCGCACAACAAGGAAGCAAAAGGAGCUAGCAACAUAUUGGGGAAAGACCAUGAUAAAUAUUUGAGAAAUCCUUGUUCAAUUGGGGGGAAAUAUGUUGUCAUUGAACUCGCUGAGGAGACGCUGGUAGAUGCUGUCAAAAUUGCAAAUUUUGAACAUUAUUCUUCUAAUUUUAAGGAGUUUAAUUUGUCUGGUAGUUUGACUUAUCCAACUGAGAUAUGGUACUCAUUGGGAAGCUUUGUCGCAGCAAAUGUGAAGCAUACUCAAAGUUUUAAGCUACCUGAACCAAAGUGGGUGAGAUACUUAAAGCUGAAUUUGCUUAGUCAUUAUGGAUCAGAAUUUUACUGCACGUUGAGUCUUGUGGGAGUGUAUGGAGAUGAUGCAAUUGAGCAGAUGCUUGAAGAUCUCAUUGUAAAAUCUGAGGAAAGUGCUUCCACUAAAUUAUCAAAACCUAAUUCAACUAUUACUCUGUCUGCAAAACCAGAAUCAGGCGUUAAUGAUAAAAAGGUUGAUGGUGAAGCUAAACAGGCGGUUGAUGUCUCUAGUAAAAGUAAAGGGGUAGAAGGGGCUGAUGAUGGGAAUAAGCCAACAGUUGAUGCACCAAAAGUUCAAGUCACAGUAAGCAACAUCCCUGAUCCUAUAGUCAAUCCGACAGUCAAAGUUAGACAACAAUCAAGUGGUAGAAUACACGGGGAUGUCGUUCUUAAAAUAUUAAUGCAGAAGGUGAGGUCACUUGAAACAAAUUUAUCCGCAUUGGAGGAGUACAUCAAACGAUUAAACAAUGGACAAACAGAGGUUAUACCUGACCUGGAGAAAAAAAUUGCAGACUAUAAAAAGCUGUUGGAAAAGAGCAAAAUCGAGGUCAAGGAUAUUUUAGAAUGGAAAGAGAUUAUGGAGAAAGAAGUUGCUGACAUUGAUUCAUGGAAAAGUGGCGUCAUGUCGAAGCUGGAAUCAGUGAUAAGAGAAAAUGUUAAUUUGAGAUUAGAUAUCGAAAAAGUUGCAGGCGAGCAAGCAUAUCUGGAAAAGAAGGAGAUCACCAUAAUAACAGUUUGUUUAAUUGUUGCGUGUGUUCUCGUUCUCAAACUAGUUUCAGAACGAGUACUGUUGUUUUCUGGAGCCAUUUUGUGCGAUAUGGUUUGCUGGGCACAGAAAGGUUGCGAAUUGAUAAUAUAUAGCUGUGGUCUUGCUGUAUGCAUUGGUUUAGUGAUUUCAUAGUCACUUAAUGUUGUAGCUGAUUAACAAUAUGCAGUUGUAUUGUCCCUCUUUAAUUGAUUUAGUCACUUGUUAGGAGCUCUAUAUUAAUGAUUUAGAUAACUUUGUAGGUAGAGUUUCUGUAGUAAAAGGAUGUAAUUGCUUCCUUAGUGUAGUAUAUGACUUUGUGGUUUUUGUAAUAUCCACAGUAGUUCAAUUGGGUGCA